AUGGGAGACUACGUUACUCCGGCAGAAAUGCCGCAUCCCCGCUUGAAAAGAACCAAUACCGGUUUCACUCAAAACCAGAUCAUUGCCUUUGAUGCACAGAUCCCUGAGUCUGCUAAGGCCAUCUGGAGAAAGUACUCCAAACUUCACAAGUCCAAGGAUGAAGUAAACACAAUUACCAACGACGAGUUUGAGCGCAGCUUUGUUAGCAAGGUGGAGUUCAAUUUGGCCAGAAACAUGUACAAUUGUGAUGCCAUGGCUGCCUACCAUGCGGCGCUGGAGUCUAUCAGAGACACCUUGCUUGUGGAUUGGGCCAAUACCCAGCAGAAACAGACGAUCCACAACGGAAAGAGGGUUUACUACUUGUCGCUCGAGUUUCUUAUGGGCAGAGCCAUGGACAAUGCCUUGAUCAACUUGAAAGGCCGUAAGACCGUGGAAACAGCUUUGGGUGGAUUGGGAUUCAACCUCGAGGAUGUGCUUGAGGAAGAACCCGACGCAGGUCUCGGAAACGGUGGUUUGGGCCGUUUGGCUGCCUGUUUUGUAGACUCCCUUUCUUCCAGAAACUACUCUGGUUGGGGUUACGGCUUGAACUACCAGUACGGUAUCUUCAAGCAGCGCAUCAUCGACGGAUACCAAGUGGAAACGCCCGACUAUUGGUUGAAAAACCUGAACCCUUGGGAGAUCGACCGUCACGAAAUUCAGAUUCCUGUGAACUUCUACGGUGAUGUCGAGGAGGUAUACGACGAGGCAUCUGGAGAAACCAAGAGAGUGUGGAACAGUGGUGACCAGGUUCUUGCUGUGGCCUGUGAUUUCCCUGUUCCUGGUUACAACACCUCCAACACCAACAACCUUCGUUUAUGGAACGCUAGACCCACCAGUGAAUUCGACUUCAACAAGUUCAACGCCGGAGACUAUCAGCAGUCAGUUGCCGCUCAGCAAAACGCAGAAUCAAUCACUUCUGUUCUUUACCCUAACGAUAACUUUGACAAGGGAAAGGAGUUGCGUUUGAAGCAGCAGUACUUCUGGGUGGCAGCUUCUUUGCACGACAUUGUCAGAAGAUACAAGAAGAACCACAAGAGCGACUUUUCCAAAUUUAGCGAGCAGGUGGCAAUUCAGUUGAACGAUACCCAUCCAACUUUGGCAAUUGUUGAGUUGCAGCGUAUCUUGGUGGACGUCGAGGGCUUGCCAUGGGACGAUGCCUGGGCUGUCGUGACCAGAACAUUCGCUUACACCAACCAUACCGUCAUGUCUGAGGCAUUGGAGAAAUGGCCAGUCUACGUUUUGGGCAAUUUGUUACCUCGUCACUUGCAGAUCAUUUAUGAUAUCAACUACUACUUCUUGAAGAGCGUUGAGUCGAGGUUCCCUGACGACCGUGAUUUGCUCGGCCGUGUUUCCAUUAUCGAAGAGGGUGAGCCCAAGUCCGUUAGAAUGGCCUACUUGGCAAUCAUUGGAUCCCACAAGGUUAAUGGUGUUGCCGAGUUGCAUUCCGAGUUGAUCAAGACGACUAUUUUCAAGGAUUUUGUCCAGAUUUUUGGUCCCGACAAGUUCAUCAAUGUCACUAACGGUAUUACCCCGAGAAGAUGGUUGCGCCAGGCCAAUCCAGAAUUGGCUGCUUUGAUUUCUGAGAAACUCAACGACAAGGAUUACGAGUUCUUGACGCAUUUGGGCCGUUUGAAGCAGCUUGAGCAGUUUGUUGAUGACGAUGAUUUCUUGAAGCGUUGGGAUGCUAUCAAAUUCAACAAUAAGCGGAAACUCGCUGCUCUUGUGAAGGCUGAAACUGAUGUUGACUUGGACCCUACUGUUAUGUUCGAUGUUCAGGUCAAGCGUAUCCACGAAUACAAGAGACAGCAGUUGAACAUCUUUGCAACAAUCUACAGGUACUUGAGAAUUAAGGAGUUGCAAAGAGAGGGUGUGUCCAUUGAUGACAUUAAAUUGAAACAUUUCAUCUCCAAGGCUACCAUUAUUGGUGGAAAGGCCGCUCCCGGUUACUACAUGGCCAAGACCAUCAUUCACUUGGUGAAUACUGUGGGUGAGGUAGUUAACAAUGAUACUGAGAUUGACAACUUAUUGAAGGUGGUCUUCAUCCCAGACUAUAAUGUCUCCAAGACUGAGAUUAUCUGCCCUGGUUCUGAUUUGUCAAACCACAUUUCGACGGCUGGAACCGAAGCCCUGGGUACCUCGAACAUGAAGUUCUCGCUCAAUGGUGGCCUCAUUAUUGGAACUGUUGAUGGUGCUAACGUGGAGAUUACCAGAGAGAUUGGAGAAGAGAAUAUUUUCUUGUUCGGCAAUUUGGCCGAGUCUGUUGAAGAGAUCAGACACAAGCAUCUUUUCGAAGGUGUGAAGGUGCCAGAGACUUUGCAAAAGGUAUUUGAUGCCAUCAACCUGGGUAUGUUCGGUGACCCAUCAGAGUUUAGACCUUUGAUAGACUCCAUCACUCAGCAUGGUGACUACUACUUGGUGACAGAUGACUUUGACUUGUACUUGGAAUGUCAAGACAGGUUGGAGAAAGUGUAUGGUCACCACGGAGGUGAUCUGACGGACAAGGACCAUUUGCACAGAUGGGUCAAGAAGUCUGUUUUGUCUGUUGCUAACAUGGGCUUUUUCUCUUCUGACAGAUGCGUUGACGAGUAUGCCGAGAACAUCUGGAAUGUUGAGCCACUUAACGAGUAA